AUGUUGAAGCUCUCCAUUGCUGUCAAGCCGCUGUACCUUGUUGCUCUCUCUCGCCCAGUUGCCAGAGCUGUGCACCUGUCUGCGUUCGCCAGAGCCAAGGGUGACACUUCCUCUAUCGAUUCGUUCAGAUUACCUUCACAAACGUCCAUCAACGAAUGGGAAUUCAAGUACGACUUCAUCCCCAAAACUGCUGAACCAAAGGUACCUCCUCUUACCAAGGAAGCAGUCAAGCAGGACAUUGCUCAAAACAAGGCUAAGCAGGUGGAAAGGGAAUUGUUUACCAAAGAAAGCAAUUCGUCCAUCAAAGUUGAAGCCAAUUCUGCCGACGUUUUCCACGGAGGUGAAUCCGUUGGUGCCGAACCUGAAUUCUUACACGACAAAGGUAGCAAACCAGUUGACUCUUCUACUGUAGGAACUGCCCAUAGUGCUGAGAAGAAGACUCCUGUCAACAGAGAGAAGUACAUUCAAUCAUCCGUUAACCCAGUUAUCAACGAUGCUGAGGUGGUCAGCUAUGGUGACAGCGAGGUCUCGCACAAGACUUCAGAAGUCGACAAGCAAACCCCAGUAGUUGAAGAUAUAGAGCACGACAAUCUCCAUCAUGCUGGUGCCGAACAUCCUGAGGCAGAGUCAUCCUCUUCUUCUUCUUCUUCCGGAUACACCGUGCCCUUGGUGUUGGUAUUGGGUGGAGGAGCUGGUUAUUACUAUUACAGCAGUUCCGAGAAGAAGUAG